CGGGAUUUAGCGUUACCAAGGCAAGUCUUGUGUGAAGUAUAAAGGGAAUAACAUGGUGUCCCAGUGGCUGUUUAUGUUUACUUAAAGAACAGAAGGGCGUUUUGCAAGACACAACGGAGUUUUCUUUGUAGUUACAGUUUUUUUUUUGCACUUUAACUUUUUCAUGUUAAGAUUUACAAGGCCAGUGGCGUGUAAAUCUCAUAUUUCACUAAUGUGCCAGUCUUACAAAUGGAAAGGGGGCUUCACUUUGGAAACGUGAGCAUUUCCCUGGUGCUCCUGCUGUUGCUGAAAGCGCUCAUCGGAUUCGGGACUUCGCAAGCUCAAGGCUCCGCCAUCGGGAGGGAGCCGCAGUCCGCCACCCGGGGCUCAGGUUCGACCUCGGGGGAAGAUGGUGCAAGAGUCAUGGAGCGGGGCUUGGAGAACGUUGGCCCCCCGGUUAUUGUAGCUGACGUUACCGUUGAGGAUGACGAUAACGGUUCGGCUGGGGAGACCGACGAAUCAUAUGGAGAAAGCAAAGGAAACGUCCAACCGACAAGGUCUCUCGUGAUCAUCAGCACCCUGGAUGGGCGGAUCUCAGCUCUGGAUCCUCACAACCAGGGCAGGAAGCAGUGGGACCUAGAUGUGGGCUCAGGGUGCCUGGUGUCGUCCAGCCUCAGCAAACCUGAGGUGUUUGGCAAUAAGAUGGUAAUCCCUUCACUGGAUGGUGCCUUGUUCCAGUGGAACCGGGACAGGGAGACUAUGGAGGCAGUGCCUUUCAGUGUGGAGUCCCUGCUAGAUUCGUCUUACCGAAUCGGGGAGGACACUGUCCUGGUUGGGGGCAAAUCUCUUACAACCUAUGGUCUGGGGGCCUACAGUGGCAAGCUUCGGUACAUCUGCUCUGCGAUGGGCUGUCGCCGGGGAGACGAGGAGAUAGAGGCCGAAGACGUGCUCCUGCUGCAGAGGACUCAGAAGACUGUGCGAGCCAUCAGGCCCCGAUCAGGGAUAGAGAAAUGGAACUUCAGUGUGGGAAACUUUGAGCUGAAGCUCCUUCCUGAGACGCAGUCUGGAAUGAACUUCCUGGAGGGGGAAGUUGCCACUGGCGACGCCUGGAGGGAGAGUCAGCGGGUCAUCACUGAUGAACCAAAAGAGAGGGGGCAGACGGAGAAGCAGCAGAGCCAGAAUCUGGACCUCGUCAUCAAAGUGUCUGUUCCAGAUUGGAAGAUCAUGGCCUUCAGCACCGAGCCCGAUGGACAGCUGAUCUGGGAACGACACUUCUGCACGCCCAUCGCUUCGGCUUGGCUGGUGGGCGGGGGUAAAGUCACACCCAUCGCCCUGUUCGACGACAACGCCUACAGCAACCAGUCGGAAACGGAUGAGGAGGAUGACGACGACGAUUCGAAGAAGGCCAGAGGAGCUGAAGCGUCCAAUGUUUACCUUGGGAUGUUCCAGGGACAGCUCUACCUCCAGUCCUCAGUGAGGAUCAGUGAAAAGUUCCCCACCAAAGCCAUCGGAUCAGAAGCUGACAUCAUUCCACUACCCACAGUCAAGUGGAAGCCUCUAGUCCAUUCCCCAUCUCGGACACCUGCCCUGGUCGCCUCGGAUGAAUUUGACAAGUGUUUGAACAAUGACAAGUUCUCCCAUGACGAAUACAGCAACGGGGCCCUAUCCAUCCUUCAGUAUCCAUAUGACAACGGCUACUACUUCCCCUACAGCAAGCGCUACCGGGAGAAACGCGACAGCGCCGUGAGCCUGAUAAAGGGAAACGGGGCAGGAGCGGAGAGCCGCAGGAGAAAGGACCCCGUGUUGUUGCUGCCCUGGUGGAAGGAGAUCCUCGGCACCAUCGUCUUCUGCAUCGCCGCCACCACCUACAUCGUCCGCAAAUUCUUCCACCCUCCCGCCCCGGUGGCCUAUGUGAGGCAACGUAAGGAGUCGGAGACACAGUGCCAGACAGACUGCAAGUUUGACCUUGAGGUGGUGGAAUCCAAAGAGCCGGUUGCCAUGGAGACCCGUUUCAGCGAAUAUGUGUCCAGGUACCUGACUGACUUUGAGCCGGUGCAGUGCCUUGGCCGCGGGGGGUUCGGUGUCGUCUUUGAAGCCCGCAACAAAGUGGACGACUGCAACUACGCCAUCAAAAGAAUCCGUCUGCCCAACAGAGAGCUGGCGCGUGAGAAGGUGAUGCGAGAGGUGAAGGCCCUGGCCAAGCUGGAGCACCCGGGGAUUAUCCGCUACUUCAACGCCUGGCAGGAGAGCCCCCCCGAGGGCUGGCAGGAGGAGAUGGACCAGAGGUGGCUGAAAGACGCCAGUACCACAGACUGGCCAAUGAGCUUCCUGGACCACAUGGAGGCGCUGUCAGUCAAGGUUCCAGUGUCCAGCUCCGUGUCUCCUGCCUCUGGGCCUGGCGGAGACAUCCUGGAGGCCUCCGCUGGCGCGCUGCUCUCCAGCAGCGCCGGUAGCGCUGUAGGUUUCGACGACGGAGACCUGUCCUUCCACCCGCUGCUGGGCCACGACAGCCUGAUGUCCGAGAGGGACAGUCAGGCGGACCCCGACGCCUCCGACACCCCCCACUCCUUCGAGCUGUGUCCUCCGCGCGGCCCCAGCGACUGCACCUCUUCUUCCUUCGACAUCGUGUUCGAGGACUCGGGUUGCGACCGAGACGCCGACGCCGACACGGCCUCGUCGUCUGGCGCUGCCAGUCCCAGCACGCUGACGGAGAGGAACAGCUCGUCUUCCUCGCACACCAGACAUCAGGAGUCUGUCCCGCCCUCCUCUUCCUCUCCCCCCCGGCCGACCUCCCUUACCCUGGCUCUCCCCCCAACUCCUCCGACCCAGAGAGUCCAGCCCUCUCCCAAGGUGUACCUGUACAUCCAGAUGCAGCUCUGUCGGAAAGAGAACCUGAAGGACUGGAUGGCUCAGCGCUGCCUCCCGGAGCAGAGGGAGCACAACCAGUGUCUGGAUAUCUUCCUCCAGAUCGCAGAGGCCGUUGACUUCCUGCACAGCAAGGGGCUCAUGCACAGGGACCUCAAGCCCUCCAACAUAUUCUUCACCAUGGACGACGUGGUGAAGGUGGGAGACUUCGGCCUGGUGACGGCCAUGGACCAGGAGGAGGACGAGGACGAGCCGAGCGCCCUGACGCCCGCCCCGCUGCUGACCCGCCACACGGGCCAGGUCGGCACCAAGCUCUACAUGAGCCCGGAGCAGCUCUCUGGAAACUCGUACUCUCACAAAGUGGACAUUUACUCUCUGGGUCUGAUCCUGUUUGAGCUGCUGUAUCCGUUCAGGACCCAGAUGGAGAGAGUGAGGACGCUGACAGAGGUGAGAGCGCUGCGCAUCCCAGAGGUUUUCUCCAAAAACAACGUUCAGGAGCUGAGUAUGGUGCGCAGCAUGCUGUCGUGGAGCCCCAGCGAGCGUCCCGAGGCCAUUGAGAUCACAGGGACUCCCCUCUUCCAGGAGCUGGAGCUGCCAUGCCGACUGGCCGUGAGGCAGCGCUCCCGCACCUACAGCGCCUCGUCCAUGGGCCGCCCCUCACGCCAGACAUCCGCUACCUGAAAGUCCUACAACGCAAUAUGUAACCCCCAUCUCCCAAUCCCCCCAGCCCCCCCACCCCCGCUCCCCGCUGGUCUGCAGCCCAAGAGAAACCCCUCAGCCCCCUGCCAUCACACGGACUUUAAACGCAAAGUACGAGAAAUGUGCAGGAGUUCAUCCCUGUGGCUUUAGAGCAGCGAGACAAAUUCCUGCACACUUGCUCUCUUUGGCAAAUACACAUGCCGUUACAUAUUCGCACACCAUUAUGCUGCCCACGUUCCCAAUUUUUAAUCACACUUACAAGUGGAUUCAUAUUUUAAAAGCAACAGCCGUUCUGUAAUGUUCGCGACCAGUCUUGGCUCAAGUGGAACAAGCAAAUAAUUCUUAGUGGCUCUAUAUACCAGAUGGGCAGUGUGUACUGCAGCCAGUCAGCCCAGUGUAGAGUGAGCUAUUCUUCACAGAGCAUUGCAGCCAAUUGGUUUUCGAAAUGUUUACUGUCUUAAACAAGUAGCGUUCUCCUCACUCUGACACGGCAAACUGAGUUAUCUGGUACUCGGAGAUGAUUGACACGCUAAGAACUAUUUUACGUAUGAUUUUGGUUCCAGUCUGGUCACGACACGCUGCUUGCUCCCAACAUUCAGCCAGUGUUCACUCACCCACGCUACACCUCAGGUAUCAAGACCAAGAGGACACUCCAAAGGGGCCUUUGAUGCUUGAUCAUCCUAACUACUAGUGAUUAGUACUGAUCACUGGUACGAGCACUAACGGGUGUUCUGACACCCCAAUAUGCCUGAUUUGGGAGACCAAAAAAGACCGUCUUUUUCUUCCUAUGUGUUUUUCUUAAUGAGAGAAGGUGAUGUAUUGCGUAGAGAAGAGCUAUGAAUCCGGAUCAGCUAUGAUUUGCCUUUAGAAAGGGGCCCACGGCCUCCUCUGAAUGAAUGCGGAGCCUCUGGUUCCUGUCUUUUUCUGCAUGUACCUGAUAGGAAAGUGAAGGGACGAGUGUGAGUUUGUUAUCUUAAAGCCAGUACCUGGAAGCAGUUUUUUUCUGUGUGUAAAUUUACACAAUGACUCCGAGGUGCUUCAAUCAUUUUCCAAACUUUUUUCCCCCUUUC